AUGGCUCCAGUCGCACCCAAAGGGCCACCUUCAAUCAAAACCAAAGACCUCUCUUAUGCCUUUCCCGACGGCAGCAGUGGUCUCACGGACAUCAGCCUCGACCUCCCCGGCGGCGCUCGUUGCCUCCUCAUAGGCGCAAAUGGCGCGGGCAAGACAACCCUUCUCCGCCUCGUCUCCGGCAAACGUAUGGCACCAGCUGGCACCGUGAGCGUCGCCGAUAUCGACCCCUUCAGCACGGGCCUCGAAGGCGUCACCUACCUUGGUCUGGAAUGGGUCCUGAACCCCAUCGUCCGCAGUGACAUUGGAGUCCCAGAACUACUCAAGUCAGUCGGCGGAGACCACUAUCCCGAGCGCCGCGACGAGCUGGUCCGAAUUCUGGAUGUGGACCUCUCGUGGCAUCUACACGCCGUCUCUGACGGCGAGAGGCGCAGAGUCCAGCUUUGCAUGGGACUGUUGAGGCCAUGGACCGUGUUGCUUCUGGAUGAGAUUACGGUCGACUUAGAUCUGCUUUCUCGCCAUAAUUUCUUGCAGUUCCUCAAGAAGGAGACUGAGACGAGGGAUUGCACGAUUGUGUAUGCUACGCACAUUCUGGACAAUCUGGCGCAGUGGCCCAGCCACCUGGUGCACAUGUCGCUGGGUAAAGUGAAGAAGUGGGGACCUAUCGAUACGUUUGAGGUCCCAAGGACGGACGGUGGGGAAGAAGGAAACAGUAGACUGGGUCAGCUAGUUAUGAGUUGGUUGAGAGAGGAUUUGGCAGAGCGAGGACCUAGGAACGCGCGCAAGGCAGAAGGGAUGAGUUAUCAGAAUCUUGAGGGCAAGGGAGGGUAUGGCGCAGAGAGCAAGAAGUGA